AUGCCUCAGUCAAACUCUCCGCGCUUCACUCAGGCCAACACUUGGCGGGAAGCUCCACUUCCGCUCUUCACAGGAUCGCAGCUAGUUACUACGGCAACAGAGACGCGUAGAAGGCGGGCGCUUCCCAAUACCAGGCAACGUCAUUUCCGGAGAGGGAAGACAGACUGUCGGAGGGCUCUCGGGCAUGCGCUUUUGCGCUAUUUCUUGUUUCUUAGUUCAGGAUACGUCUGUUGUGAACCGGGAAGUGAACUUUGUGAGGGGGAGAAAGCGAUAGCUGAAGGCAACUCAACCAGUGAAGAAAGAAAUGAAUUUAAAGAUCAAAUCUCUUGCAGCACUGGGCUUGACCAGACUUUACAGAAAAAUUCAGACAGCCGAUCAAAUUUGACUGGAGCAGACACUGCAGUCGGGACAGAGAAAAAUCACAAUGUGGAAAGCAGCCCUUUUAUGUCAGAACUUCUCAGUGAUGUACCUUUUGCUCUUGCGCCGCAUGUGCUAGCUGCACAAGACUCCUGUAGUGACUUUCCCCAACAGUUGCUUUCCUAUGAUGUUAAUGAUAAUUUAGCAAGAUUUUGGUAUGAUUUUACACUUGAAAAUUCAGUAUUGUGUGAAUCUUAGUCACUGAAUCACUUAAAUAUGUUCCUUGAUCACUUGAAGUAAAAGCGUAGAUGCAUAUUAUGUAACUCUUUCUGUGGGAUGCAUCAUCUGCAUAAUGAUCAUCUAAAAAUUAACACUUUCCAUUCUCUGUGGAAUUUCUUAAAAUAUAUUGAAGCAGCUGAGCCAAAGCUGGCAAUUCAGUUACUAUAAUCAAGCGACAAUUUUAACUGGUUUAAAACAACCCAGCAGAAUUUGUGUUAUUUUUUAAUUCUGGCUCUGACAGUAUUUCUGGGUUUAUUAUUUCAGUGAAAGGUGAAUUACAUAUGAUGUUAGUCUCAUUUGCCUUCCGAUUUUGUAAAUGGAAAAUAUGUACAUGAAAGCAUAUGCAUCAGUUGAUUUUAUUGGCACAGCUCAAAAAAUAUCAAACACUGUAUAACUUUGUAGAAAUGUUGUUCAUUACUGAUUCCAUUUUAUCCCUGUAAGCUGUUGACUUGGCACUUCCACAGUGCAGGAUGGUGGCUGCUAUAUUACUGGCUCCAGUUUUGGGUUUUUCAUAAAAUAUUUCCUAGAAGCUCAGCAGUUUUUCACUUGCGUUGUGAUCAUUUCCACACGUCUUCAUGGUUUAUAUGUUGAUCAGGGGUUUUUUCCCAUUGCAGACCUCUGCACCCACUAGAGAGAGAAAUCUGUGCACAUGUUUAUAUAUGUUUUAUUGGUUUACCACAAGUUUUUAACAUUUGUGCAUCAAAUAUCAAAACUGAUAGGGUUUAGCUGUGGGGAAAGAUCAAACAAUCUUGUCCAGCUAAAUUAGACAUGACUAUCCAAGUAUUCAUUUUUAUGUUCUGGGUACGUUCUUCCAGUUAAAAUCUAGCCAAGUUUCUCUUUGCUUAUUUUAUUCUUGUGAUGUAUGUGAAUAAUUUGUUACAUGCAAGAUUUAUUUAUUUGUAUUUUGGGACUGAUGGAAAUGAUACAUCUAUACUGUGCCACAAAUGAGUCUUUCAUAUGAAAUGUUCUAUAUGGAUAUGUCAAAAAUGUAAACAAAACUUCCACUUUAAUAUUGUACAUUUUGUUUAUUAUAAUAAAUGUUGCUUACAGUGGGUUGGAUCCUGUGGAUCCAUUCUACUAACAGCAGUACUUUCCCUUGUUCAAGGAGUGAAUUGCGGGAGAAGUGCUGCUAUUGUUUGAACAGCUUCAGAGAUAUAAUCAUUGUUAAUUUCGUUAAAAGGUUCACAUGUCUAUUUUUUUCCUAGAAAACCUCUUCAUGAUAAAGUUUGGAUCUAUGUGUGUCAUGUUUUCAAAUAUGUGUGUGUGUGUAUGCAUGAUGAAUAAAAACUGGUUAAAUGUG